UGGCAAGGCACUGGGUGGACGGUGCUGCCUGCCGCCAUGAUGCGAGGAUCCGCUGGGGUGAGGGGCGCUGCUGGCAAGGCUGGGGGGGGGGCGGGGCGCCGGUCCAAGGAGCUGAGGGCCGGGCCAAGGGCACGUAAGAGUGGCAUGGCAGGAUUGCUGCCGCCGCCAAGAUGGGAGGGUCGGAACGGCCAGUGGGAGGUGGACAGUGAAGGGUGUGUGCUGGGAUAA